AUGACGACUGGUGCAGACAACCGGUCAAGCAAUCUGCUUGAUGCAGUUGAGCACUUGGAAGCUGUUGCAUUCGUCCCACCGAAGCAGAGGUACACAGAUGUUAGCCAACUAACCAAAACGAUCGCUUCAGACGCGUACGACAGCGGCAUUCCGCAAUCCGCGCUUGCACGUCUGCUGAAGAUUCUGACCACGAAAAACAAUCUAGAUCAAGGCACAGUGACUUCGCUGGUCAAAAAUCUGUACCCACAAGAGAGAAUUGUGUCAAAAAAUGUUACGAGAAUUGUUUGCUGUCUUGGGCCUAGCAAGAACAAACCCAGUCCUGCAACACAGGCUUUGCUGUUGCGCUGGUUGAUCCUCUCAUAUGAUAUACUCGAAGAGAGAUCACAUCUAUCAAAGCUCUAUGCGGUUCUUUUCAACCACCUAGAUAUGAUCAGUUUGCGCAAGCCCUUGUGCCACCUGCUUUCUGUUAUUACGAGGCGAAAACAUGUCAAACCCUUCCGAAUUCAGGCAUUGAUGGAGCUCAUCCAGAUCUCCGGUGGUGAUGACAAAGAAUUGAUCAGUCUCCUUCGGAUCUUCAAAAACUACUAUCCCGAGAUCAUCUUGGGUGAUUUCGGCGGAUCGAAGAGAAAUGCUCUUUUCUUCAAACAUCCUGACCCUGAAUGGUCAAGCCAUGCAAAAUUAAUUCAAGAUCAAAACGCAGAAAAAGUACAAACAGGCCAGCAAUCAAAUUUUCAAAUUGUCCAUCGGGGGACUGUGAAAAGAAGCAGAAUCGAGGUGGUUGUUCCGACUUUGCAAACUUCACGGGUAUCCUACAAGCAGACAUCAAUUGAGGAACUUCGUGAUAUUAGCCAUUUCGUGGAAAGUAUUGAGAAAAUUGAACUUCCUAAUCAAAUAAUCUCAACAUUAGGCGAUGGAAUGGCCCAGAAAUAUCUUCACCUGGUUCAAUCUGAAGCUGCAUAUCAUCGUCUCAAUGAAUGGCUGAGAAAUUUCCUGGAGGACAAGCUUGACAUGAUCCGCGAAGAUGAGGAUGAAGAGCCAGAAACACUAUCAUAUGUAUUGGAAUUUGUUGUCGGAUAUGUCUCGUUCACUAAGGAUCUCCCAUCCUCAAUCCGGUCAUUUUUGAAGUCCUAUCUGCAAAUAUGGAAUGGCAAAGAUAACCGUGAACAUGUCUUUCGACUUCUUCAAUAUACCCCAAUUACAUCUUUCGACUCUUUACGCAGCGAAUUACUAUCCCCCCUGGAGUCUGCCGCGCUAGAUGGAAGCCUAGAAUCUAGAACAGCAUUGCUAGGCUUCUACUCAACACUGAUCUCCCAAUGGGGCAUCAGCCUACGAUCAGAACCAGCAACACCAGAACAAUCCUAUCCUCUGAGCCAGAUGAUUUUACACGUCGAACUUCUGGCAUAUUCUAUCCUGGAGUUUCCCCCAGAUGAACAUCAGAAACCCUUCAAGCCAGCGGCAAACUCCGUACUCGACUUUUACAAGGCUCUAGCAGAUCUCUUCUCGCAUGCACCCGAAGACGCCCGAUUCCGACUUACCAUUCCCUACGCUCAAACAGUCUACACUCUCGCCUUCACGCCAAACAUCUCCGUGAUCUCAAGUCUUGAGUCCAUCCUAGCUAUCUACAAAGGCGCAUUCGAAGCCUCCGUCAGCUCACAGGUCCUCCAAGCACAAGGCACCCCAGCCUACGGAACCGACCUGGUAUUACGAUUCAACGGGUAUGUGAUGGACAUGUGCAAUAUACUAUGGCGCAACCGAGCCCUGAAUACAGAAGACCCGAACGCAUUGGGCUGCCUUGUCCCAGCACAGACGGUCACUGCCCUGGCAACCUAUGUCCGCGACAUGAACGAGGCUGCAAAGCACUAUGACCGUGAGAAUGCAUUCAAUAUUACUCUUACAUCGGCAUUCUCUCUCAGUCACCACGCCGCCUUUUGCAAUUUGUCUGCCGCUUGUUUUGCGGAGGUUGAAGAAGAUCAGGAUAUCACGGGUGACCGUCCAAAAUUGGGGAAGCCGGUUACCCACAAAGCACUUGUUGCACUGGAGAAGGAUGGCGGUGCUAAGAUGAGUUGGCAAGAAUAUCGCGUGUAUAUGUUAGAUUGGCUAGAGACUAUCGGGUCUCGGGGUACUGGCAUUCUGAUGCGAAGCACGAUGAAAGCUUUGCGCAAGGAGUAG